CCUCGGGGGCGGCAGAGAGGGGUUUGCCCCUGCUCGUCCUCGUCGUCCCCCUGUCCCGCCUCGCCUGAGGGGGCCCUGCAGGCCAGAGGGGGGCUCCUGUCUUCCUCAGCGGCUGAGGGGACAGGGCUUCCAGGGCCAGCACCCUCCUCAGCCUGCACCCCUGUCAGGCUGAGGGGGAACCUGCCACCUGGCAGGCUGUGGGCAGGUUGGGAAAGAAGCAGCCUCUUCCUCCCUCAGGGGCUGAGCGCUUCCAUCUGCCCUCCCUUUCCCUCCUUCUUUUCUCCUCGUAGGUGGUGGUGGUGGGGCUGGAGCGGAGCCAGCGCUUCCCUUCCGAGUCCUGCCGCCCUGUGAAACUCUCCUCUCCGUCUCGCCAUGGCCAUCGUUGGCAUCUGGCCGUCGCUGCUGCUGAUGGCAGGCAUCGUGGCGGCGGUGGGGUUGUGUAGGAGCCUGGUUCGCCGCCGCCUGCACGCCCACCCACACCUCUGCUCCUUCCUCCUGGAGGCUUUCAGCACCUUCCAGGUGUGUGCGUGCACGAACGAGCUCUGCCUGCUCGGCAACGUGGAGCCCAAGCCUCACACGGCGCUCACGCUCACCUACGGUUUCACCGUCCUGCACGGCUCGACGCUGACCGGCAGCACGUGCAAUCCCUGCGGCGUCUUGCAGCCCCUGUGGGGCGGCGGGACAUCGCUCAGGGUGGGUGGGCUGAAGAUCGGGGCUCAGUUUGUGGCCGCUGUGCUCGCCAGAGUUUUUAUGCACUUCAUCUGGAGGCUGGGGAUUGCAGAGGCACAUCCCGGAGCGAUCUCACAGGGCUGCAGCAACCCCAUACAGACUACGGAGGUGCAGGCUUUCUGCAUAGAACUGCUCUUCUCGGUCGUUUUCCAGCUGACCAUCCUGCAAGUGGAAACUGUUAAGCCCAGCUACCGAGUCCAUUUGAUCGCUCUUCUCAUCACCAUGCUCGUGUAUGCAGGUGGAAAUCUCACAGGAGCAAUAUUUAACCCAGCGUUGGCUUUUUCAUUACAUCCAAAAUGUUUCUAUGACAAUUUUUUGAUUUAUUCGCUAGUCUAUUGGAUAGCACCAUCCUUAGGUACCAUACUUGUGGCUUUUGUAUGGAAAUCCUUCCUUGGAUACCCUGAGACGCCAACUUCGGAGUUUUAGCAGUACUAUGUUAAAAAAACAUUUUCAAAGAAGUUAAAUUACAGUCACCUGCAGAAAUGAAGCUUCCAGGAAGAUGCUGACAUCAGCUUACAAACCAUCUUUCAAUUGUUAUUUUCAGAUUUCAUGUUUUGGAAUAUUUCGCUUAAAGCUUUGUAUUCAAAAACUUACUUUGUAAUAGCGUAUCAGGAUGCUGAGAAUACCUGCCAACAGUUUCUGUUAAGCCAUACAAAUGUGAAGGACUGUUAGAACACUGAAACUUUGUCACUUUAGCCGUAAGUGCCGUUUGCUGACCUUAAUUACAAUGGCAUAUAAAACUUAAGUUUAGAUAAACACCCGGUCCUUUCAGGGUUUGAUUUUACUGGAUUCUUCCCAUAGACGGCUCCUGUGAAAAUGAAGCUGAAGAUUUCAUUCUUUUAUUGAUCUCAGCUUACACCUACUUGCCAUGCAUGUACCUCUGAGAGGAAGAGAGGCUGGCUGCUUUCUUUUCUGCUCCCUAGAAGAAUCACCACAGCUUUAUUCUAGAGGUAACCUACACCAAAAGUAGGACCUGUAGGACCAGCAGUGUUUUACUAAUACCCAAGCACAGGUAAGUAACCCCUCUCUUUCUUUCAGGAAGGCUUUGCCCUGCCCUCUCCCUGUAGUUUAUUGAACGUGGAUCUUGGUUGAGAAGAGUGUUAACGAAGUACUGUUAGUUCCGUAGAUACUCAGUUAAAUGUGAUUAUAGAGGGGA